GCGACCAGCGAACUUCACCUCGCGUUUGUUCCGAUCGAAAAGUAUCCAGUGUUAAAUACCACUUGCUCGAUUUCGAAUGUAUUGUUUUUUUCAAAAAAAAAAAAAAAAAAAAUGUGAGGAAUUGUAUUUCAACCUUUCCGCAUUAUAGUGAACUGUCUCAUCGACUGGAAUUUUUAUUUCUUUGAGAAUUACUUGAUCAAUAUAUUGCAACUUCUUCUUCGCUACAGUGGAUCAGUAAAUAAUAUUCCUGGCGGAAUUCUGGAAAGUGUAUCGUUCUAAUUUCGAAGUUCCAUUUAAUUGCUUAUAGAUGUAACAAGUAGUAAAAAGAAAACGAGUGAGAAUUAGUUUUAAAAGUGAACGUGUUGUUGAAUAUAUCGGAAAAAUAAUAAUUUGCAAACAGAUCAUCAGCUAUAUAUGUAGAUGAUAUUAUUAUUGACUGUCAUUCCUAAGAUCUUAUCAAGGGGAUUACCGUGCGGCACGUCGAUUAAGCUGAACAUUAAUCGAAUCUUAAGUGGUCUCUUAUUGACAUAAAACCUGGCUUUGACAUUGGUACAAUUUUGAAAUUGUUUUAAGUGGUGCAACAUGUCGAUGAUUGAAGAAACAGAUAUCGAAGAGUACAGAAAGAGAAGUUUCUAUUGCGAAGAAUAAUUAACCCCAUGUGAUAGUUUAUCUUUAAAACAAUUGUGGUAGGGCAGGUGAAUUAAUUAAAUGAAAGCAUGUGAGUAAAUGGCCGUCACAGGAUCUUGGCAUCUUUCCAAAGAUUUACUAUGGGCAUCUGCCUGGACACUGAUCAGCAGAAUGGAUCGCAGGUGUUUGAGGAAAGUGAUGCUCAGAGUGCAGGAAAAUGGAGAGGAGAGGCUGGUCUCUUACCGACCCCUCCGAACGGAUAUUUUUCACAACAAAAUGUUGGUCCUGUCAAAUUCGAAAUUCCAAAAGUGCCUGUUAUAUUCGUGCUCGGUGGCCCAGGGAGCGGAAAGGUGACACAUUGUGACAAUUUAAUGCAAGAGAAGAAAGGUAUAACUCAUAUAAAUAUGAUGGAUCUUCUUCAACAGUAUGCGUUAGGAAAUGAUAUGCAAGAUUUCGGUCAGCUUAGUAGUAAAACAGUGGCCGAGGUUCUUAUGCUUGAAAUUAAAAUGUCUCCAACUUCCAAAGUUUUUCUCGUCAGUGGUUAUCCACGCAAUAUGCGAGACGUGGUUGAAUACGCCGAGAAAAUAAGAAUAGUGAAUGGUGUGGUUCUUAUAUCCUGGAGACAAGAGGUUCUUGAAAGGCAAAUUGAUUUUGGUGCACAACUUGGCCAGGUGGUCAUUGAACUUGCAAGAAUGGAACUUCAUAAUUUUUAUAGAAAUGUUAUGCCUGUUAUCGAGUAUUUUGAUCAGAGUGGUAUGUUGUUGGAAGUGAAUGGCGAGAGAAAUCCAAACGAGGUAUACAUUGAUUUCCGCGAGGCAGUUUUCAAAAUUCUUGGCUUAUCUGAUCAACAGAAGAACGUUUCUGAGUCGUUAGAAACAAAAGUAGAAGUAGAAAAUAGGAAAGAAUCUAUUCCAAAGAUCGCACUUCAUAAAGAGGCAACGUCGGCUAAAAUAAUGCAAAUUCCAGUCGCGACGAAUAUACAGUCUCCGAAAACUGCAGAUAAACUCAGGAAACAAUUACCUUCCUUUAUCUGGGUCAUAGGUGGUCCCGGAAGCAAUAAAGAAAAUCUUUGUACUCAGGCGAUACGAAAUAUGCCUGGUUGGAUCCAUGUAAACAUAGGUGGUAUGCUGAGAACAAUGGCCUCUUCGAAUAUCAUCAUCAACGAUGCUAUCGUUUCCGGUGAAAUGGUACCGCAGGAUAUAGUAAUGCAGAUAGUUGAGCAACAGAUAAUGUUGAAUCGUGACGUCGAUGGUAUAGUAAUCGAUGGUUAUCCAAGGGAUUUGAGUCAAGUUCAAGAAUUUGAAAACAAGUUUGGCCAACAACCUCCAUUAGUAUUAUUAGAUUGUUCGAAAUUGCAACUCGGUAGAGGAAGAUUAGACGAUAGCGUGUCUGCGUUUAAGAAAAGAUUGGAACUUUUUCGUAAAGUUUCGUUACCUAUGCUGAAGGCGUUGGACAAUGAAAAUCGUCUUACCAUUAUCGACGGCGACACGGAUGUACCAAGCGUGCAACAAGAAUUUUCAGCCGCGCUUUAUCAACUGAUGACACAAGCACGACGAAACAGAGAAGAUAAUUUAGGCGGUGAUCGCGGAGUUGUUUAUAAUAAUAGUGAUCAGAGAAUUGUAUUAAAUGGUGUACCUAAACACGUAGUUGAUGGUAAAUCAACUAUAGAGAAAGUGAUAAGUGACAAUAUGAACGGGAUCAACGCACAGGGAGUGGUGCAAAUUGCCAAUGGACUAAAGAACAAUGCGAACCAAGUUCAAAGGAAUAACAUAGCCCGUGUGCAUAAUUAUAUCGGAAACGGAACCGCGCACGUUUUACAGAAUGGGGUGUCUCAUUUAGCUAAUGGGAUCAUAUCGAAUAACAAUAAAGUUGCACCAGCGGUGCAGAAUUAUAUGUUGAACACGAAGGAUGCUAUAUCAAAGAUGUAUGUGGAAGUCGAAGGUUCUCAGCAAAAUUUACAUAUGUAACACUGAGAAUUUGAUCGCGUUCUGGCCUGGUUUUAUACGGUUGUAUAUUAGUGGGGUACAUUUACCCAUACCAGAGUGAGUUGCGUCCCUAACAGUUUUAUUCGCGGGCCUGAACGUCUGGUAAGAUUAUGAAUCUUCAUCUCUUAUGUCGCUAUAUUAACGAAUAGUUCUUCUCUACUAAAAAAAAAAAGAAACAUUUAUACCGUGCCUUAACACAAUUACGACUUAAAUAGAAUAAAUAGAGAAUUUAUAAAAACGCCAAACACAAGACUAGAUUCAUAGAUUGUAGAAUAGAAAAAAUAAAUGAGAUCAAUUGUAUCUAACGACGAGUAUUAUCGAAAAAGAAAAGGGGUUAUCUUUGGAUGUCUAUAAAAUAGUAUAUUGUCUAUUUAAUAAUUUAUUGAUUAAGUAGCACUUCUCGGAAAGCGGACACCAAAUUUUCAAGAUGAACCCUCAGGAGAUUGAUCAAAUCAGACUUCCCCAGGGAAGAAUCACAAUGUAGCGAAACUUUGAUAUCGUUUUUUUUUUUUUUUUUUCAAGGGAAGCUGGAUUUGAUCGCGAGUGUACAUCUUUCCUUAGACACUCUGUAUAUAGAAACUUAAUGUAGGAAGGAAAGUAAGUAAUUUAGGUGAAUAUUAUAAUAUAUACACUUUGUUAUUUUGAAAAAAAAAAAGGAAAUAUCGACGACUUGGUGGUAGUUUUUGAAAUGUUUCAGUGAAAAUACAUUUCUUUUCCUUCGUUCAACGUCUAUGUUAGAAACAACGAAUUUUGUCUACUUGUAUUUUUUAGAACUUCGCGAUAUUCUAUUAGAUUAAGAAGAUUAAUUAUUUUUUUUUAAUAGUACGGAUGUAUUCAGCAGAUUUUAUACUUUAACGAAUCUGUAUCACAGUGUCCAUCGUUGAAUAAUAAAACUUUAUUACUGUGUUUACAGAAUUGUUCUGUUUUUCUUUUUGAAUUGAGAAACACAGAGUUUUAUUAUUUUUGUUAAUUAGUU